GUACGUGUUGGUGUGUUGUUGUGAUUAUAAUACUCGCAUUGGUUUGGCGAAGCCCUUGUAAUAGCGCGCUCUCUUGGCGGCCCGAUAAUCAAACUCGACGUACAUACGAGGAACACGGAGAUACGUCGUUGUUCAAGUUCGUACCGGGCGUUUAGUGUGUACUAUGCCAUCACUGCUCGGAAUUUUUUUCAGUAUUGCUCGCGUUCUUUUGAAAAAUUCGAAAGCUUACGCGUUACUAUAAUUUAGUUCAUCGUUCGUGUACGUCUCGUUAUCUCGUCCAUUCGAUUCGAUCGUAUUUUAACGUGUAGUUAAUAGUGCAUUGUUUGUAAUUUCGUCAAUACUUGGUUGUGUGUUGCCGCGAUAUCGACGAGAGGUUGAUUAUUCGUCGAUUUACGCGCGUGUCGAUGAUAUAAACGUGUGUGGUGCUGGUUGUAUUUCGAGUACAUUUCACUCGAGCGAUGAAAUUUUGAUCGAAGAAGACUUCUGCCAUAAUCGUACAGAGUUACCGACAACGUGCUCGUCGUGGUUUGCUGCAAAUGGCGUGUUUUUAGCUGCUGAGAGAGCUGGUUAAUUCGCAAAAUCUACACAGAACGUAUAUACAUAGGUUUCACACAAGCACACGUCGACGUCGUUCAUAGAUAACAGCAAAACGAACUGUACACUUUUUUCGCCAUCGUCUACGUACUCGGUGUAAUUUUCAUUACAUUAUCGUGUAUUUGGUCUACACACUCUACAUUUAUUACCAAGUUGUGUAGUGAUAUUGACUGCCAAAAAGUACGUAUAAUUCGCACCGUUUAUACAAUGUUUCGAUCGAGUUGAUUACCACGUUGAAAUAAUUACCGUAUUCGGCGUCGUCGUAGGUACGACCUGUGAGAGAUCGAUACGUCGAUGCUAAUCAGUGAUUUUUUAUCGUCGUGCGUGUCUGCAGCGAAGGCGAAGACGAAGGGCUUUUCGGUUAUUUUUUAAUCAUCGCAUCGGUGUCUGUCUACGCGAACGUGUGGGUGCGCGGUGCAGUGCGGUGUGAAUACUCCUCGUGUCUCGUGUGCUAGUGCUGUACGCGCUACGGUGGUACGUUCAGUCUGUGAUAAGGACGACAGUGUGUACCCAUUCGUGUUGGUCGUCGUCGUUGGUUAAUAACACUCUAGGGUGGUUGUGCUUUGGUUUUUUACUUUAAUUUUCCAAUCUAAUUGUAUACCCGGGUGUUGUCGGUCUCUCGGUAUACGGGAUUCGAAUUCAUUACGGUGCUGUUAUCGUAGACGAGUGAACUAGUAAAUCGGUCAAUUGUCGAGUAAGCUGGAGUAUUACUUUGAAAAUGUGUUGAAAGGUGCGAAUUAUAUCGGUGUUGCGCGUGUUUGUCGAAUAUUAUGCGUGUUUCAAGAGACGUAAUUCCUGGUAAAUGGUUUUAGAGCACGUUAGCUACGCGUUUGUUGUAACAACAUCUCCGAUAUCGCACAAACAUUACGUCGAGAUUUCGCGCUGCAAGAUGAUGAAUUCGCGAUUCUACUCUCCUUCGUACGUGUAAUUAUGUGAAUGCGAUUUCAUCUGGCCAAUACAACAUAUUGCACCGUCGUCGUCGUAAUGGCUACUAAAGAAGAAGAUCGUAAAUCUACAGACCCUCCGGUCAAGUUGAUAGCUAAAAUAGAAGAUUUAACUUUGAAUAAUAUUACCUCGGCGUCUCCAGCCGCUACCGAGGGUCACGCCGAGAACAAAGACUGCGCCAACGAUAACGAUACGAAUACCAAAGAGCCGGCUACCAAAUCGGUUAAAAAAGCCAUUAUCGUAGAGAAAGCUACCGGUACGCCUUUGGUGACCGUACGCAGUCGACGGUCGAUAAUGGAGUCGCGAUUCCGGCUCACGCUGAAAACGUGGGAUGACGUGUGGCGGUCGACUAGCUGGGCGAAGAAUCCGCCGAGUAAGAUAAAAUCAGCAAAUGCCGCAGCUUCCGGCGCGGCGGCGGCUACCGAAAAUGGUAAAAAGCAAGAAAAUGGCGACGACGAUAUGGUCGACGGAUCGACCGAAUCGAUUAUUGUGCCGGAGAAAUUGAGUAAUUCGGUGAGCUCGGUCAAACAACCGCUUACGAACGGUAUCGAAACGAUCAGCGAAGACGAAAAAUUACGUAAAGUCGUAUCGGAUACGAAAUUAAACGAUAAAGAUUCCGAUCAAGUGAUUAUAUUGAGUACUACCGAAGAAGAUGUGAACGCUGUUACUACCGAUACUCCUGUCGUCGUCGUCGUCGAUGGCGAUAAGGAAAUCGCCGCUGUUGAAUGUACAAUAAAAGAAAACGGCGACAGUAUACCGGUCGUCGAAGAGCACCAUCAACAGGCUAUGUGCAAUGGCACUAGCAACGCAGAUAUUGCCGAAGAAGUAGGCGUCGAAGCUAAAGAAGAUAUGGUUGCCGGGUCGAGCGCAUCGCUGGCGGCUUCCGCAGAAUCCAAAGUUACCAAUAAUUCGGCGUCCGAAACAACGACGACGACGACAACGGCGGCGAAUACCGUAGUCGAUACGAUGAAUACAGUCGUCGACGGACCCGUACCUAAGAAAAUCAAAAAUACUCGUUUCAUGAUCGUACCAAGCGUACAUUUGCCAAUCGAAGAAGCGGCCGAAGAGACGGAAAAAAUGCCGCCCGAAACGGCCGGCAGCAGCGAUAGCGAAGAUACGCCCGAAAACUCGGCUUCUCGGCAACGAGUACCGAUGUUCGAAAGUCGACUGAAUGAACUGACGAUGGUGGAGUCGCAGUUGAAAAAAUUAGACUUCAAACCGAUGCAUUUAGAGUUACCAGAGGAUCGCGACUCGGACGAUUCGGCCAAUUCGAAAACCAUCACGGCGACCGAGGGUAAAACGAUGAAAAUCAAAGACGCUCUGCCGCCGAGACGGAAUAACUCGUUGGAAGGCGCGUAUCCGGCUCAGUCGAAGAAGAAAUCGACGAAAAGCGAAGCGAAACCGUCGUGGGGUUGGUUGUCGAUAUUCCGCAAGAAAACCCCGUCGCAAACGUCUGCCGCGUCGACGCCUAAACCUUCGCCGCCCACCGCUCCGGCUUCUAGUCAAAAACAACAAACGAGGACUUCCGGUUCCGGCGGCGCCGGAGGUCACCAACAGGCGCGCGGUCGACGUACUACUACCCGAAGAGCGGUCGUCGCUCAUCAGCAGAGCUCGGCCGCUGCCGCCAAUCAGGCUAAUGCUAGAAUUGUUCUGAUACAGGGAGAUGAAAAUUCUCGCUUCAGAUUCCAACCAAGUAGGAAUCGAAGCUCGGACGAACCACAUAUUGGUAAAUAUAAACUGCUCAAAACAAUUGGCAAAGGAAACUUCGCAAAAGUGAAAUUAGCCAAGCAUGUUCCAACCGGAAAAGAAGUAGCCAUUAAGAUAAUUGAUAAAACACAACUUAAUCCAUCAAGUUUACAAAAGUUAUUUAGGGAAGUUAGAAUAAUGAAAAUGCUAGAUCAUCCAAAUAUAGUGAAAUUAUUUCAAGUAAUAGAAACGGAAAAAACGUUAUAUUUAGUUAUGGAAUACGCUAGUGGCGGUGAAGUUUUCGAUUACCUGGUGCUGCAUGGACGAAUGAAAGAAAAAGAAGCCAGGGCUAAGUUCAGGCAGAUUGUUUCCGCUGUGCAAUAUUGUCAUCAAAAGAAAAUUAUUCAUAGAGAUUUAAAGGCUGAAAAUUUGCUGCUAGAUAGUGAAAUGAAUAUAAAAAUUGCGGAUUUCGGUUUUAGUAACGAAUUUACACCUGGUAACAAAUUAGAUACGUUUUGCGGAAGUCCGCCAUAUGCAGCUCCUGAGCUUUUUCAAGGCAAAAAAUAUGACGGACCAGAAGUAGACGUUUGGUCGUUAGGUGUGAUAUUAUAUACUUUAGUGAGCGGCUCUUUACCAUUUGAUGGCUCGACGUUGCGCGAAUUAAGAGAACGAGUAUUACGAGGCAAAUACAGAAUUCCAUUUUACAUGUCAACAGACUGCGAAAACCUGCUAAAAAAAUUUCUCGUGUUAAAUCCUGCCAAAAGAGCAUCUUUAGAAGUAAGCAGUACUAUAAUGAAAGAUAAGUGGAUGAAUACGGGGUAUGAAGACGAUGAACUAAAACCAUACACUGAACCAGAACUUGAUUUCAAAGAAUUAAAACGAAUUGAAACCCUUGUCGGAAUGGGUUACAGCCGAGCCGAAAUCGAUGAUAGCCUUAGUCAAUGCAAAUAUGACGAUGUGUUCGCCACUUACCUGUUAUUAGGAAGAAAGAAUAGCGAUCCGGAAAGUGACGGAUCCAGAUCAGGGAGCUCGCUAUCGUUACGCGGCCUACAGCAGGCGAGCGGCUCUACAGUGACGGCGAACAACAGCGCGGCACAAUCACCAGCACAUCGAACCGUUCAUCGAUCUAUUUCAGCCACGAAUUCUAAACCUAGUCGCAGAGCCUCAUCCGGUGGUGAAACCAUUCGUGAGUCUACAUCUACCACGCCUAAUCCCGGUGCGAAUCAUAAUAUCCUCUAUUCUCUGUUACCGUAUUCUCCUUUACCUGUCUCUCUAAUGGCUCGUGCUAAUGAAAGUUUAAUGUCCCGUCAAGGUAGAAAGAAAGCCGGCGGCGCAAAUAAUGCAACUACGGGUACGACGACGACGACGAAUCAUAACCACGCUAUUACUACAAAUACUUCGGUAACCAGUAACUUUAAGCGACAGAACACUAUCGAUUCGGCCACCAUCAAGGAGAACACGGCUAGACUUAGCGCCAGGCCUGUGAAAAAUACUGCCAAUUUAACGAACGCCGCUGCAGUACCAUUAGAGUCUAAUAUAUCGAGCCCGAUUAAACCUCGAGGUGUUACGAAAAGUAAUACCAUGACUACCGCUAAUCGGUUAACCACUACCACCGCUAGUGGCGGUUCAGUUGGAAGAAGAAGUACCAUUAGCUAUGAUGCCGCAUCAAAGUCUUCUUCCACUGAAAAAACCAAUGUUGCAGCAUCUGGAAAUGCAGCGACAGAACCGGCUGCCGGAAAUGUGGCAGUUAGGGGUCCGCCCGUAUCGCCGGCUGUGAGUAAUCGACAACCAUUUCCGAGAAAUGUUCCAAGUCGCUCUACGUUCCAUUCUGGUCAAAAUAGACAAAGAGGAUACGGCGGUUCUGCUUCUCCGACUGGUACCCCGCAUGAUCCCGCCUCAGCGCGAACCUCCUUCUUUUCGAAAUUAUCGUCCAGAUUUUCAAAACGGGUGAUGCAAUAAAUAGAAGAUAGAUCUCUAUACCUAAUCAAGAACGAAUUUGGAUUUUCUACCAUAAAGUGAUUUAUCUAACUAUUAACUCGCACACGCUAAUAAAUAGAAAAUCGUUUUCGCGCGAUGCAUUCUAUUAACGAUGAGAAAGAAUUUGCCGUCUCCGUGAUCAUCAUUCGUGCUGGCCUUUUUGUUUUAUUUGUAUUCUGUUUUUUUUUUCACGGUUUUAAACGAUUUUUAUAUCUUUUUUUUUCUCGUAAUACGUAUAUCUUUCCAUUUAGUAUUUAAACAUUUUUACCACACUUUUUUUUUCAAUGUGUAUUAUUUGUCAAAAUAAUUAUUUAUAUAUUUUUUACCCUUAGAAUGUAGAAAUGAGAAUAUGUGUAUGAUAAUGAUUUUAUUUAAUGGUUAAUAUUCUUUUUUUUUUCUCUUUUUCUUUUUUUUCUUCUUCGUGUAUAAAGUCGAAUCGCGAAAAAGGUAAUAUAAGAGUCGAAAAACGCAAAAAAAUACCUUCUACAUUAAGAGGUUACGAAGUGAGUUUGUGAAAUUACAUAUGGCUAUAUUAUUAGAGAUUCUUUACUAUUUAUUACACGUAUUCCUUGCCGGGGGCCCGUAUACGCCGUAUAAUGCUUAACUCUUUGUGAUAGACAAUUUAUCGUUUGCUCAGUUGCUUCGUAUAAUAUUUGACAGAUUAUUAUAAUGAUAGUAAUUAACCGCGGUUUAUAAUUACUUUUUUCGUUAUGUUUUCUUUUUUUUUUUUUUUGGUCUUUGCAUACGUUCGUAUGUGUUAUUGUAUAUGAUGUAUUUUUUUUUUAAGAUUGUAAGUACAAUCGAUAAAGUAGGGAAGAGUGAAUGAAUACGAUUUCGAAAGUCGUUUUUGUUUUAGUAUUGCGCCUGCCUAGGAGGUUGAGAGGUCUAUUUUUAUAUGUCGAGCGGAAGAAAAAGAAUUAUGUGAUAUUUUUAUAAAUUUUAUGGAAAGUGUUGAAUUUUUUAAUUGGUUUUAUUUAUUCAUUUUUGUUUUUUUUCUGUUUUUUUUUCUUCUUUUUUUUGAAAUUUUAAAACGCCGACGGAUAAUAUUUAAUGUGUUGAAAAAUGUUAAGACGUUUUUUUGUUCUUUUCAAAAAGCACGUUUCGAGAUGUGUGUAUUGUAUUGCUUAAUAGACAUUACCUAAUACCUAUCGCUGAGUUGCUUUUAUCUCUGGUUUUAUUACCUACCUUUUUUUUUUAAUCUUUCGAGUUUUGUAGUUUUUUUUUGUAUCGUGAGAUGGGAUUGGAUCGGAUAAAAUUCGGAUAAGGGGUUUGAACUCGAGUUGGAAACUGUGGAAAUUUUUGUACGGUGAAAAAAAUGUGUUUUGAUUAGUUCGAAUACGUGAGAUUCGAGUCUAAUGGCGAAUAAAUUGUAAGACUUGGGCAGAUUUUGUGUGAGAAUUUCGUACGAAACAGAAUAACAUUUAACAUGAAUAUUCUUCGGAAAUCGUGUUUGAAGUGAUAAUCUCAGGGAUACCGUUAAUUUCAUUCGAAGGCUUAAUUGACUCGGUUCGAUAAAUUCUCAGGUUUUGGAAUAUUGUUGAGGUAUUCUAUGUAUUCUUAGAAUAACAUUCCAAUGAUGUAUUGUAAUAUUUUUGAUUUUUUUUCGAGUUUAUGCCAUUGAAUGAUGAAUUUUUUUAAAUGGAUGAUUUUUUCCAACUCGAGCAGUAAUAUAGCCAAGGGGAGGGCGAAAGGAGCGAUAACCCUCCCUAAACGGAUAAUCUGAUUUUAAAUGUACAAAAAUGAGCAUAUUUUUGUAUUCUGGUGAAUUUUUUCCUAGAAAUUUUCGAUACGAAGUGAUUUUAUCUUCAUUUUUAUGAAAUAUUCGUACACUAUGAAAGUUUUUUUGAAAUCAUCUCAAAUUUUUACUUUUCUCGUUCUCAAAUUUGUCUUCCCCCUGGAAAAAUUCUGUCUAUGUCACUGGUAUCUGAAAAAAUUCACCAUUUGGCCAAAGAUUGUAGAAAUCUUAGCGCCAUAAUAUGUCGGUACAAAUAAAAUUUAAAAAAAUCGAGUGAAUAUUUAGUUGUGUUUUGAGUCGUCUACUCGAGUGAAUUUCCUCCCUGGAAACUUGAAAACUAUCUUUUCAAAAGAUUAUUCAAGUUCAUGUCGAUUAACCAGCAUUACCAGCAAUUUAUGUAAUCCAUUUUUUAUCGCUCUCAUCUGCGGUGAAAAUUCACGACAUCAAUCGACAACUUACGAACUUAUCCCAAGUCCACCAAAGUUAUCCGGUCAUAGGCGAAUAAUCAGCUCAUCGUGAUUCGCGAACUUAUCCGGAAUCUACCGACAUUAUCCGAACACAGCCCUAAACAAAACUCAUUGUAUGAGAACGUUUCGGAUAUUUUCUUGUUUCACCCGAAUGUUUACGGCUUUAGCCGACAUUUUACGAACUUAUCCGAAAUCUAUCAAUAUUAUCCGAACAUAGCAGAAAAAAUCAUCUCACUGUACGAAAACUCUUUUCGAGCAUUCUUGUGGUUUGUCCGAAGAUUUACGACUUUAGCCGACGUCCGGCGAACUUGUUAUCCGUACUAACCCGAAAAAUCAGCGUAAAACUUUUCACUGCGAGAUUCCAACUCUGCUGAUGAUUCUACAUUUCUUCGUUGAAAUGGUCUUCAAUCUUCAAUGUUUUCUCGUCCUUGUUCGAUUCGAAUUCGUUCGAAAUGAGUAUCCUUCAUUGGUAAUGUCUGUAUCUGUCGUCCAUUGAUUAUCCGUAUAAUCUUUAAUUAUUUUAUCGUCCAAUUCUAACGCCCUAGAGGUGAUUUUACCCUCAUUGUUUGAGAUGUAUAAACACGCGGUUAAACUCAUAAACCAAGUUCCUGUUCUUAUUCUCGAUUACGAGAUGAUUUCGAGACUUAUCGUCGAGAUAUUUCUCGUUAUUGUCUCGCGAUUUGACGUUGUUACACUUUAGUAAUUUCGAAUCUGGUCUUUUCUGCGUAUUUGCUGCGGUGUUGUAAGCAGCCUUUUCUUUUCUGUGAUUUGUUUUUAAAUGACGUGACGGGAUAUCGUGUGACUGAGCGUUUGAAGGCGUGAGAACGUUCGUUGUGGUGAUUUUUCGAACAAAACAAAAAUAUUGUCUUAUUCGCCACCGUAGUAGGCUCGAUGGGUAUUGGUGCAAAAAAUCAAUCGGCAGAGGUGCUGCGGCGAUGAACUUGUCAAAAAAAAUUCAGAAAAGUUCUCAACUUUGUUCCCCCCCUUCAAAAAAUAUGCAUUUUCCUAAAAAUUUUCAAAAUUGGUCUAAUUGAGAAGUUGAAGGGAAUUUUAAAAUUUAUCAAUGUUGGAUUUGAAAAUCAGUACUUUUUCCCUUAUCCCAUGUUCCUCCUCCCAUUUCUCCAGCGUUCGAACAUCAAUGGGGGAGUGGAGAGAAAAGUUCGCAGCAUCUCUGCCAACCCGGAUCAAAAAAAUACCGACUAGUUGAACAAAAUGCGACGUUUCUAGUUAACAAAAAAUAGCCUGAAAAAAGUAUUACUCUUGAAAUCGAGUGCAAUCUGGCUACGAAUCGUUUCAAACGACGAUAAUUCAAAUUCGAAAACAAAACUCGAGGCGAAGAAAAGCGCAGAAAAGCUGACUCGUUCGAAAGAUAAAAGAAUAAUAUACGCGUAUUACUUUUUUUCGCUACUUUGUUACCAAAUUACGAGUAGAGAGAGAAGGAGAUGAAGAGAGAGGUGUAUUAAAGAAAUCAUUUUUUUUUUGGACAUUUGUGAGCCGCAACGAUGAUUUUUUAAAAUACAUGAACUUAGCGGACAGACUAAAGUUACAUUAAGAAUUUAUACUUACGCUUUUUUUUCCUCCUUGUUUAUAUACGUGUGUGAUUUGAAAUUUUACUAUUAGGGCGUUAUACAUGUAAAAUUAUUUAUUUUUAAGUUGUAUAAAACAAACAAAAAAAAAACGAAAAAAUAAGAAAAAGAAACCAUAGAUUUUUUUUUACGUAUCGAGAUGAAAAAAAAAUAGUAAGAAGCGAUUUUUACAAAAACAACGUUCGCAUCGAGAUUUUAAUAAAGGGAAAUAUAAAAAAAUUGUAGUUUGAACGAAAAGCGUACGGUGAAAAGUUCCCUUAUUAAGCAAUUUAUAUUUGAUAAGAAUUUUUAUAUAAUGUGUAUUUUUGGCUUAUAUAAUGUAAAAUUUGUUAAACUUUCACAAAUUUAGAAAAUCAUAUUCAAAAUAAAGAAAUUAUAGAAAUCGUA